GAGUAGGCUAUGUAAAAGCUGUUUAAUUAUAUUUUUUUGUAAAAAUAUAUAUUGAAAAGUAAUUUUUUUAUCUUGUAUUAUUAAUAUUUAAUUAAAAGUUGGCGAACUAGCAAAAAUAUAUUUUCCAAUGGAGCAAUCUUCAGUUCAAGACGAGUCAAUUGAAACAUCGAAGAAAAGAAGCGUCAAAAUUAUUAUAGACUCCAUUGAGAAUAUCGUAAGUUUUUUUUUCUAACUAUUUUAUAAUUAUAAAAAAUCUUACUUUUUUAUACGGAUUACAUAUAGACUAUGAAAGAAGAAGUUAGCUUAUCGUUUGUCAUGAUACACAAAGACAUAGUGUUGGGAGAAAGUACUCCCCUUUUUAUCGAUCCGGGUUUCAAGGAACCGCCGCAAGUUUACGAUGUCAAUUUCGCCGUUGAACUUUCAUUUAUAGUUAAUGAUCACGAUAGCAUGAAUUCAGUGGUAUCGACGCCGAUUUUAAGUAAAACAUGCAUUUUUAUAUCAUAACCCAUUUGCAAUAGAAUUAGUUUAUAAUAUUCUAUCAGUAUAAAUAUAAUAAUUUUUUUAAUUAUAAUUAAUAUGUAACUAUUACAUUUUUUUAUUGUUUCAUUAGUAAAAGUAAUGUGCGAAAUUCAAAAUCAAUACUCGACCAAUUCCGUUAAAUCAAAUGCGGAUUCAAGGAUAAAAACAACAGUAACUACUCCGAAAGAGACGUUAACGUCGUCAAAUGUAAUCGGUUUCUGCAAUCUUGAUCUGAUGCCGAUAUUAUUAGGUAAAAAAUCACUCACUGAAAGAUUAAUAGUGCAAACAGCGCAUUUCUCGCUCGAUGGUAAUGCGGUCUCGUGGCAAAAUCUUCCUAUAAUAAACGCGACAAUGAUAUAUGAUGGUGAAGAGAUAAUUCCUUCGGAAGAAAAAAUUAAUUUCCUGAAUAUAACAAUAGAAAGUAUUUACAAUCCCCCAGUCUUCUUCGCCGAAGAUAAAGAAUAUAAAGCAGGCACGAUAGUAUAUAUUAACGACGAGAUCGCAGAAAAUAUAAUAUUCGAAGACGGUAAAUGGACGAAGUAUCGCGAUGUGGAAAGAAUGAAACAAUGGCAGAGCUUAUCGAAAUUACAGAGUCGUGCUAGAUUGUCGAAGUGGAAACUUAGUCGCGAUUACGAAAAUAUAAAAAAUACGCUCGAUACAAAACUCGAUUUACAGAAGAAAGUUUGCCAGGACGAGCCUAGAAUCGAGUGGAAUUUUAUGAGUCGUAGCGUAAUGUAUGAUGUAGGAAUUGAAACAAUGCAGAAACAUAUUGUCAAGUAUAAAUAUUGGCCAUUUCAAUUUAUGAUGGCCGAGAAAAGUACAGAGGAGAAAAAUGUUAGACCAAAGGAAGAAAGACCAGUUAAAUAUCAACUUUAUCAGUGUUACGUUGAUUUAUCAGAACUUGUUUUUCCAGGAAUAAAAAGUACUCGCGUAAUGGCGCAAUUGUACGCACACAACACGUCCGAUAUGGCUGAAAAGACUGGUUUAGAAAAAAGUAUAUUAGAGUCUAGCAAUAAAAACUUGGAACGAGAGCCGAAAAAAAUUAAAUAUAAUAAAAAUUUUCUUUAAUUUAUUUUUCAAAUUCAGUCAGACGUGGAAGAUUCGCAAAGUACCUCGUUAAUUUCAGAAACCGGUGAACCCGUUUUCGUCAUAAUCGAAAUCGAGCUUUAUCGUCCAUUUAUUCCUUGUAGACUCGAAACUGAUUUCUCAAAUAUAAUCGAGGAAAUGAUAACACCGAAGAUAACCAAACCGUAUUAUGUGUAUUCCGGCGAUAUGGCGGAGGAACAAUACGCAACCUGUAUUCGAAAAAUAGUUGAGAUCCUUACAGAGAGUUAUAGGGACGAGUUAACUUGCUUCACGCAGUAUCUAUAUAAAACUGGCACGUAUUUGACUAUACGUAGCACUUUGAAGGCGAAAGUAAUUUCUAUGCUAGAUCAGAGAUUCAAAACAAGCGUGAACACAGUACAGUCGAUCGACAGUCAGAAUUUUGUGACAUCCGUAUAUACGUAUCUCGUCGAACGAAUGCAUCUGGCCAUUAACAAGAUUGUCGAAAGCCGUCUCGCGGAUGACAAAUCGGAUGAUGAAUCGCUAAAAAUUGCGGUAUCUGAAAAAUUAUAUUUCUACGCCGCAGAAGCUUACGAGUUAGGUCACAUUGACGAUGCAAGACGACAUCAUCAGACUGCGAUUGCAGCGGAUAGAAAUAAUCCCAGAGCAUGGACAAAAUACGCGAUAUUUCUCUUAAAAAUUGGCGAUACGGAACGCGCAAAAGAAUGCUGCCGCGAAGCAAUUCUCUUGAAUAGACGCGAUAAAAUUGGUUUAUUGUUGCACGGAUUAAUUCUUGCCGAAGAUCAGAACUAUCGAGAAGCCGAAAUCUUUCUAAAAGCCGUUACCGAUUUUUAUCCGCGAUUUGUCGAAGGCUGGGUUAUCCUGCAUCUGCUUUACAUUCGCAUGGAUUAUUGCCCAGGAAUAGAUCUCACUUUACGAAUAGCGGAAAAAUGUAUGAAAGACGAUGAUUCAGAAACGGAGAUUUCAAAUGAGGAUCCCCUCGCUUGGACAAUGAUUCACUGUCCACGGAACAGCGUGUACAUGAUAACGGCCACGCUUCUAAUGAAAUUAUAUUUUUGCGACUUUGCUGGCAUAGCGCUUACGGAAGAAAUGUCUUGCUCAAGCAGAUCUGUUCAAGUGCUAUAUUAUUUGGCCGUGCAGCAUUAUUUGUCACACCAAUACGAGGAUGCUUUGUCGCGUUUAAAAGAAGCCGAAUGUAUCUUCGGAUUGGAUUAUUCGAUAAGCGGCUUAAUGGGGCAUUGUUACUUUCAAAAGUGCGAUUUUGUGGAAGCUAUUCGUUGCUAUGAAUAUUCUAACACGAUGUAUAAUCGACCGGACGAUCUGCAUCUCGUACAGACGAGAAUGGGAUUGUAUUACGAAGAUACUGGUGACUACGUGCGCGCAUUAAAAGUUUUUCUUAACACAUGUGGAACUUCACCAACGGCGGAAACGUGGCUUGGUGCGGGAAUCGCUUUUUAUGAGUUGCAGCGAUUUACGGAAGCCGAGGCAGCUUUAUCGGAGGCGAAUCAGAUCGACAAUCGUAACGCGACUGUUUGGAAGUACUUGUGCUUAUUAAAUAUGUCUUUACAGCGUCACAACGAACUCGCUCAGUGUCGGAGACAGAUCGCUCAGGACAAUACGACUUUCUCUUUAGAAAAACGGUCCCUCAAACCGCGAGAUGGAAAACCGGUCAUGCUCUAAAUGCAACCGCGACGAGAGACAUAUAAGCUUCCUCUCUUUAAUUCGAAGAUUCAGUCAGCUGUUCUACGACGAUUGUGAUGAGAUUAUUGUGUACUCUUUUUAUACUAAGUCUGCUUCAAAUAGCGAUGUUUACUGCGACGGUUGAUUGCGAUGAAUCAAGGAGCGUUAUGCGUCAAGAGAUAGAAAAAGAAGAUAACCUUCAACGGGUCAAAAUAAAAGUUUUCCGUGGUCCAACACAAGAAAAAAAUGGUGAUUUUUUCGCUCCUUGGGGAUACUGGAUUCAACAGCCUGGCAUAUAAUUUGGUUAUUUAUUUAUUAUUCGUUUAUUUCGUUGUUAAUUGUCUUUAUUUUUCAUAAUGAUAUAAGGAUAAAAUAUUUCUUCCUUCAAUAUCUAUGUAUUUUUGCGAAUAAUAUAUGCAUGUCAGAAAUUAAUUAAUAUAAGAUACUUUAAUUUUCUUUUCUCUAUAAGAGCGAUUAUGUUAAAGAUAUUUAUAAAAAAAAAUCUAUGUUCAAUAAUUAUGUUACAUCGCAAUAAUUAGCUUUUACGAUUAAUAAUUACUUUUUGAAUCAAGCUUCGGGAUAGAAAUACUGGAUAAGAGCGUGUAAAAAAAUAUGUGGAAAUAAUAAAAGGUACGAGAAGAGAAAA